AUGGAACGACAUAUUUUGGCUCCAAAUCUUUGUCCGAGCUCCGUGACAGCGUCGAGUGAGAGCCCGAGGCCAGGCCCGCCUUCGCCGAGUGUUACUGACUGGAUGUUCACCUAUAGUAGAACUGUCGCCAAGGGAACAGCCCUCAUCACCACUUGGAAGAUAGACAACCGCUGUCCAGGUCUGCUCCUAUACCCUGAAGGAUCUUAUGAGGUCUUGUCCAGUUUGAUGGAGCGUGCUUACAUUGCACAGCAUAAGCCAACCGUCUUGUUGCACCGAACGCUUCAGUCCCUCAAUGGCGUACCCACCCCACUGUCGACGCCGGACUACGAGACCCUUGUAGGAAUGUUACGAGCUGCACAAAUGUCAGACAACGCAAGCGGAAGGGGGGUAUUCGGCUCUCUGGGGGGAUAUGAUCUCACUCUGAAGGCGGUCCAGUCUGCACGGGAGAGGCAACUAUCAGAGGGAGGCGAGGAUGGCAAUGCAAUGUUCGAUUUGGAUCUCAGAGCGGUGCCCUUCUCUAUCGGCGCGCCUCGUAGGUCGGGAUGGAGCACCAGGAAAGAGCCUGGUAAGGAGCUUGGUGUUUGGGCCGGGGUAAAGAUGAGAGAAGCACAUCAAGAGGACCCAGGUACUACCACCGUCGUCCUUGAGCUCAAAGACCCCAGAUCCCAGAGCGCUUUCUUCUUUAACGAUUCGGACACGAGAAGAAAGUUGACAAAGAAAAUCAGACACACGGCAGAAGAGUCCUAUCACCUCUUCCAGGUUGAGCGCAUCUGCACACUAGAUGAUACGCUUGCCGGUAGGCACACAUAUUUAGAUUUCACUCCGCGUGAUGAUGAAGCUUCAAAGCGUUUCGCCCGGACCGCUCAACAUGCCCCGGAACACGAGCUCUGGAUGUAUGAUACAUUCUUGGCGACUGCUGCCAAACAAAGAGCUUUAUCCAAGCUAGAGACACAUUCGUUGGUGGCUCCCAAGCUACGAGAUCAAUACUGUCAGUCGACAGAUGAGAAGGGGCUCUUUGAACACAGUGCCUACACACCAUACGCCAGCAGCAGACCGUCCGAUUACAUCCAAUAUGAGGACAAAGACUUCAAGCAGUGGAAGAACGAACUCUUGGCUGCGAACCAACAAAGCGCUCCUCUUAAAUGGACAAGCAUUCCUUAUGAAGGGCACGCGUCGCUACUGGAUGAUGUGAAUCUAAUUAUAGAAGACGAUAAAGGCCUUGAAGUGUAUGCGCGAAGGUAUGGAGAAGGCAACGACAUACCGAAUCAACCAGCCACAAUCGCCGAAAUGUUUGAAGAUGCUGAACCAUUGGAGUAUUUCUUGACGAAGUCUCAUAGGGAUAGCCACCUCAGUCCCGAGGAGCUGGAGGGAGAAAUGCCCCCAGCGGCUUUUGAGAAAUGGACAGAGCUGAAAGAAGGCCAGGCAGGAACGGAUACUGAAGGGAAGGAUGUUCGGGAUUACCAAAAGUAUCUGAUGGGGUAUUUGGAGGCCAACCCCGAUGCUCGUUCAAUGUCCGCUUGA